AUGGAGGCACCGAGCAGAAAGGAAAAAAUAGUUUCACCAGCGUUGCCACGAUUUUCAGUUUCAGUAUUUUCAGUAACAUUGAUUCAGGAUGCAGCCACCCGGAGCCAGUUGGUCGAACGGGCGGCCGAGGGGGAAGAUGACGCCCUCUUGUCUCCGUGGGCACCAGGCAGGCAGCGUUCACACCAUAGGCGGGACGGGAGCUGUCCGCACAACAGAAGCAGCUCGGGGCCCGUGGCGGUGUACGUGGCCUUGCCGCAGUGGGACAGCCUCCGGUGCAUAUUCCAGGACGUCGGCUUUACCGAGCUCCGCUCCUACCACUACUGGGACACGGCGCGGCUGGCCGUAGCCGCUGAAGAAUUUCUGCAGGUGCUGGAGAGUGCUCCGGAAGGCUCCAUCGUGAUGCUCCAUGCUCCCGAGGAAACUGGCCUGACUCCCAAGCAGUGGGAAGACGUCGCCAGGGUCAUGGGGAAGAAGCGCCUCUUCCCCUUCUUUGACGUCCCGGCCCAGGGGCUGGCCUCCGGGGACCUGGACAGAGACGCCUGGGCUCUGCGACACUUCGUGGCCCAAGGGUUUGAGCUCCUCUGUGCCCAGUCCUUCUCGAAAACCUUCGGCUUGUACGACGAGCGGGUGGGGAACCUGAUCGUGGUGGCGAGGGACAGUGGGUCGCUGGUCAGAAUCUGCUCCCAGCUGCAGGAGCAAGUGAGGGCGACGUGGGCCUCCCCCACCAGCCUGGGCGCCCGGGUCAUCGCCACGGUGCUGAGCAACCCGGCCCUUCGGAACAAGUGGAAGCAGAGUCUCCGGGCGCUGGUGGAGAAGAUCCUGCUGAUCCGGGAGAAGCUGAAGGCGAAGCUGCGGCUCCUGGGCACGCCGGGCUGUUGGGAGCACCUCACGGCCCAGGUGGGGACGCGCAGCUUCACCGGGCUGCUGCCGUCCCAGGUGGCGUUCCUCGAGCGCAGCCACAUCUAUCUCCGCCCGGACGGCCAGUUCAGCCUCUGCAGCAUCAAUGCGCACAACCUGGACUACGUGGCCCGGAGCAUCCACGAAGCCGUUUGUGGCUCAGUGUGGCCCGUGCAGGGUGGAGACGGAGCAGGCGCGGCGUGUCCUGCGACUUGGGACAGUGACCGUCCCCCGCACCCCUCGUUCUGGCUCCCCACCUGCCCUGCGGUGCCGCGCUGCCUCAGUAAAGUCAAUCGUAGGGCUGUCGGCUCCUCGCCCCGUUCCGGCCUUUCUGCCCCGGUGUCCCUGGCGUUGAGCUGGGUCACCUAG